AUGUUUCCCUCCCGCCCCGGCGCCUUGUCCGGCAUCGUCCGCCGAUUCCUACUAUUCCCGCGAGUUUCUUCUUCCCUGUCUAUCGCCUCAAGAACCUUCUCGCAAUUAACGAGGAUCUCAUCUACCAAUGGCCUUCGGAAUUGGCGUCUACUCCUAUCAAGGGCUGGAGAGCAACAACAACGAACUGGUGCUAUGGUUGUCGGGUCGACUGUUCGGCAACUUGAGCAGGUUCGGGGAAUGAAGACGCGGUCGUCUGUGAAGAGGCUUUGCGAUGGGUGCAAGCCUGUGCGACGCAAGAACAGAGUUUAUAUCAUCUGUUCGAAAAAUCCCAAACACAAGCAACGUCAAGGCAAAUAG